AGUUGAGGACAGUGGAGAUGGGAGUUUUCCAAGAAUGGGAAACACAGCCUCAAACGAAAGGAUCAGCAUCUCACCAGGAAUUUUUUGGAGGAAAAACAGCCAUUGAAAUACAGAAAGAGAGGAACCACCAUGGAGCAGAACUCUCUGACUGUGAGCAAGGUGGAAAAGUCUUGAAUAAGCAUUUAAACCUUAAGACACACAUGAGAACUCAAAAUAGAGGGAACAGUUUUGAGUGUAAUCAGUAUCACAGUGGCCUCCUUCAUCUGCAAAAGAAAACCUCUACUAGAGAGAAACUUUCUGAGUUUAAUCAGUGUGGUAAAGUCUACAGGCGGACUCCACAUGCAGUGUGUGAGAGAACCAGCGUGGCAGAUAAGACUUUUGAAUGCAGUGACUGUGGGAAAACGUUCAUUAGUCGUUCACACUUUCAGGCACAUAGGAGAACUCACAAUGGAAGAGAUUUCAGUGAAUGGAAGCAAUUUAUAAAAACUUCAGUUUUCUCAGCAGGCCAAAAGGAGCAUGUGCAGACACGGGCUGCUCACGAACCCCAUGAAGGUAAACAGUGUGGGAAGUCUUAUGCGGAUUCCAAGUGCCUCGAUAAUCAUAUCAUUCGACUUCAUGGUGGAAGAAAACCCUUUGAAUGUAGUGAAUGUAGGAAAGCCUUCUCUACAUCCUCGCGCCUUUGUGUGCAUUUGAGAAUUCACACUGGAGAGAAACCCUAUCGAUGUAAAGAAUGUGGGAAACACUUCCAGUGGCCCUCACUCCUUCGGAAACAUGUUCGUACUCACAGUGGCGAGAAGCCCUAUCAGUGUAAGGAGUGUGGGAAAGCCGUCAGUCGUUCUUCGGUUCUUAAUGAACAUUUGAGAAUUCACACUGGAGAGAAGCCCUAUCAGUGUAAGGAGUGUGGGAAACACUUCGCUUGGCUGUCAGUCCUUCGGAAACAUGUUCAGACUCACAGUGGCGAGAAGCCCUAUAAGUGUAAGGAAUGUGGGAAAGCCCUCAGUAGUUCCUCAAUUCUUAAUGAACAUUUGAGAAUUCACACUGGAGAGAAGCCCUAUAAGUGUAAGGAGUGUGGGAAAGCCUUUACCAAUUCCUCACGACUUAGUGUACAUUUGAGAAUUCACACCGGAGAGAAACCCUAUCAAUGUAAGGAAUGUGGGAAAGCUUUUGUUUGGCCCUCAGUCCUUAAAAAACAUCUGCGAACUCAUAGUGGAGAGAAGCCCUUUGAAUGUGGUGAAUGUGAGAAAGCCUUCAGUAAUCCCUCUUAUCUUAAGGAACGUUUGAGACCUCAUUCUGGAGAGAAACCCUUUCAAUGUGGUGAAUGCGGGGAAGCCUUUAGGACUUUCUUGUAUUUUAAUAGCCAUUUGAGAAAUCACUCUAGAGAGUAAUCCUAUGAACUUAAGGACCGUGGGCUUUCACUAGUGCUCUCCUGAUUUGACAUUUAAGUAUUCACACUGGAUA